GUUUUCAUUAAACACACAUAUAUUUAGCCACAGACUCAAAGUGACCAUUUAAGUCAAAAUGAGGAAACAGAGGUGAGAUGAAGCCUCUUCCUCCUCCUCCUCGUCUUCCUCCUCUACUUUUCAGCUCAACAGGAAGUUUCUCCAGCACAAGGCUGAAACUAGAAGAAGACGGACAGAUCUUCAGUCUGAAAGCGGCUGCAGAAACUCUGGCCUGUGUCUCCAUGAUGAGACGCCCUCAGCGCUGCAGAGAAGGUGAAAACCCAAGCAGAACCUGCAAGCUGCCAGCAGGGGGAGUAGUUCUGCUGGUUCUGGUCGGUCUGCUGGCUGCUGCUGUCAUCAUCAUCUACAGACUCUCUUUUGAUAAAAUACGAACCAAUCAGAUUCUCCAAACCCUGAAAGAGGAGAAUGAAGCUCUGAGGAGAAAUCUGUCAGAUAUAAAACCUGGAAGUACAACUUUUACAAACGCAUGUCCAACAUGUCCUCCACCUCCUGCAGUAAAAAAUCUGACAUGUCUGAAGUGUGAAGCAGGAUGGGAGCAACAUGGAGGAAACUGUUAUUAUUUUAACACCAAGAGAUCCUCCUGGACUGAGAGCCGAGAUUCCUGCGUUGAUCUGGGAUCAGACCUGGUGAAGGUCGACAGCAGAGAGGAGCAGUUGUUCCUGCAGAGCAGACUGAGAGGCUUGAUGGUGGAAGAUGAUGACAAGUUCUGGAUCGGACUGACGGACUCGGUGGAAGAAGGCAGAUGGUUCUGGGUGGACGGAUCUCCUCUGGAUGAAAGUUUGAGCUUUUGGAGUCAGAAUGAGCCUGAUGACUGGAAAGGUGAGAAUCCAGCUGGAGAAGACUGUGUGAGGAUGGGAGAGAGAGGAGGAAGUCAUGAUCUGACAUGUUGGUUUGAUAAAUCCUGUAAUGUUUCUCUUAAAAGUAUCUGUGAGAAACCAGCAGCACCAGGUCGUCCCUGUGUCUGAAGUUCAGCUCAGUCUAUAAAACAAGCUGCAGAGAUUCUGGUUCUAUAAACAUCUCAACUUUUCUUCCAGACGUGUUAAAAGAUCAAAUUCUCCACUUUCUG